AUGCGGUGUGGACCACGGAGACUGUUCCUGAUGAUUGGGGCCACGCUGUUUUGCUGCCAUUCUUUAAGAAAGCGAUUCCAGACGGCUCGAGACGCCCGCACGCGUCCCACCCAAUGUGGCUUCCGCCCGGGGAAAGGGUGUGUGGAUCAGAUCUUCAACCUGAGACGCACACUCGAGCAGCGCUGGGCCUACCAACAACCAACGGUCCUGUGCUUCAUCGACUUCGCAGCUGCGUUCGAUUCGGUCGAUCGAGAUGCACUGUGGAAACUUAUGCUGGCGGACGGCAUCCCUGUGAAAUUGCUUCACCUUAUCCAGGAGUACUAUCGAGCCACGCGGGUGCGGGUCUACGUUUAUCUAUCUAUCGAUUACAUUCUGUUCAUAUCUAUCUAUCUAUCUAUCUAUCUAUCUAUCUAUCUAUCUAUCUAUCUAAGCCAGUGCUUAUAUAACUAUCUCAGUCUGUUCCUAUCUAUGUAUCUAUCAAGCGAUGUAUCUAUUUCAGCCAGUUCAUAUCUAUCUAUCUCUAUAUAUUGUACAUUUCUAUCUAUCUAUCUAUCUAUCUAUCUGCAGGAUCUAUCUCACACUGUUCAUAUCUAUAAAUCUAUCUGUCGAUCUAUCUACCUCAAUCUUCUGUUCAUAUCUGUUUGUCUAUCUAUCUCAUUCUGCUCAUUUCUAUCUAUCUAUCGAUCUUAUUCUGUUCAUUGGUAUCUAACUAUCUAUCUUAAUAUCUAUCUAUCUAUCUAUCUAUCUAUCUAUCUAUCUAUCUAUCUAUCUCGUCUGCCUAUUUAUAUCUAUGUAUUACAUUCUGUUCAUCCAUCUAUCUAUCUAUCUAUCUAUCUAUCUAUCUCAAAUGAGUCAAUUCAUAUCUAUCUAUCAAUCUAUCUCAGGAUUCUAUCAAAAGGCAAUCAUAUUCUCUCUCUCUCUCUCUCUCUCUCUCUCUCUCUCUCUCUCUCGCUCUCUUUCUCUCUUUUUUAA